AUAAUAGUAAAAAAUUUCCAUGAUUUCAAGGUUAUUUUUAAUAUGCAAUUUAAUAUGCAAAUAGAAAAUCAUUGCAGGGUAAAAAAUACUCUGUUCCUAACGCUCCGUGUUACAAAGUUGAACCUUACGCUCGCCGGAUUAAGUUGUUUUUAAAAAGUUAUCAACAGCAUCUUAAAAUGCAUUGGUUUCCAAGAUGGAAAAAUAAGAUAAUUUUAAAAGUGACUACAAUGUAUUUUAGAUGUUUUUGCAUAGCCGGUGACAAUAUUCUUAUAAUUAAGAAUAAAGAAAGAAAGAGUAUAAACUCGAUCGAGAGAGAUGCGUGCUGCUAAUAACGAAUGUCUGACUAUUGCGCUCUCGUACUACUGCCAGUGCGCCGGACUUGAACCAUAAUAUUGGUGGCAAUAGUAGUAGUAGUAGUAGUGUUAGUAGUAAAUAGUAGUAUCUCGAUAGGGUACAAAGUAUACAUAGAUAUAAUACUCAAUGUGGAGGAUAUAGUUGAAGGAAAAAGGCAAUAGGUCGCGUGGGUGGUUGGGGUGGAGUGUAAAAUCCAUGGAGCUUGCGCGCCCCUUGCUCGAUGGAAUUGAGGUUUCAGCUACACAACAAAAUAGUUUGCCAAGUUUUCGUCAGGUGGUGUUCCCGGUCUGCGGAUUCGCCACCAAUCCCCUUCCCCCCUCCUUGUCCCUCCCUCAUGCCAUGUCAUCCCCUUAACGAAUCCAAAAACUGCAAAAGCUCGUCAAGUAAAAGCACUGCCAGCUUCUGAAGCAUCGAGCAACACGAGCGGCAGUUGGGAGCUUCAGGCCGGCCGGAGGCAAUGCGCGUUCUCAUCUGCAGUUACUUUCGCCAUUGCGUUUGCGUGUGCAAAGUUAAUCAGUGCUUUUUUACCGCAUAUAUACGGAAGCGAUUGUGUACUUGAAGGGCCGUGGACAUGGUAAUCGUGAGUUUUGUGUUUUGAAGGGGAAAGGAUCCUCAAAAUUGUUGUCCCAUCACACGUUUGGAGCGACAAUUUUCACUCGAAUAAAUAUGGCAGCAAGUCGAGGGAUCAUUUUCUAGUCGAUAAUUAUUUAUUCUUCAAAAUUUUUCAUCAACAGAAGGAAUAACGACUCUUUAUUUCCAAGUCGCUUUCAUGUUUACCAUUUUCAACUUUGACCCAGAGAGAUGACAAAAUGAAAGUGUCGGAUUAAGAUAUUGUGGAGCCCUUGGGGCUUACUGGUUUUUAUCAUCUUGGGAGCCCCUAAUUUAUACAGUGUGAGUGUGAGUGACCGAAAGAGCAUCAGGCAUGGCAAGCAGUACGGAGGAUUACGGAUCGGAGUUACAGGAGUUGCAGUGGGGUAGAAGCACUGGUUCCCACUACUUACGUAAUGGUUCUCAUUUUAUGAGAAGUGGGACCAGCGGUUGUUACGAGGCCGAGGACUUGGAACCGACGAGUAGACAUCACACCAGCCAACAUCGAGGAUACUAUAGUCCACCUGGAACGAGCUAUACAAUUGUUGAAAGGCCACCCAGUGCCCCCCAACAUCAUUCCUCUCAUACCACCCCUUAUCGGCAUCGUGGACAUGCUUCGGGAACAGGACCCAUUUCGCCUGAACAAGUCAUUAGACUCUUUGGCGGCAAUGGACUCUCUUCCGAUAGACGAAAAGGUGAUAAAAGAACGCCAGCAUCGAGUCCAGCGAGUGUGUCAGCACUCAGGAGUUCAUCCUCGUCGUCUCAGCAGCAACAGCAGCAACAACAGCAGCAAAAUGCUCAAAGUCCUCAAACUCCCCCAGGACCACAGGCUCUAAGUUUACAGGAGCUCACUGUAAGAACAGUGACAAUGACACGUGAACCUCCAGAAUCACAUCACGGUUUUGGAAUAUGUGUUAAAGGUGGAAAAGACGCCGAUGCGCAGUCAGGAGUGGGAGUCUAUAUUUCGAGGGUGGAAGAGGGUUCGGUGGCCGAACGUGCUGGACUCAGGCCAGGAGACACCAUCUUGGAAGUGAACGGCACGCCCUUUCGGGCUGUCACCCACGAAGAAGCUCUAAAGAUUCAGAGUAUGUUGAAAUCCUGUCGGACCUUGAGCAUGACGGUACGGGGUCCAGCAUUGGAUCCUCGCUGUCGCGGUGGUCAUCCAGUGUGGACCGCUACCGGAAGACAGCAGUCCUGCAGUUGGAUGGAUCGACAAGGUAGGCCAGCGUCGCCACCGCCUCUUCAUCCGCGGGAUUCACGCUACGGUCCGAGAACUCGUAAGGUCGAACUUUGCAUAGAGCCUGGCCAGUCGCUUGGACUUAUGAUUCGAGGUGGUCUUGAGUAUGGUUUGGGUAUUUACGUAACCGGAGUGGAUAAAGACAGUGUCGCCGAUCGUGCUGGCCUUUUGAUUGGCGAUCAAAUACUUGAAGUGAAUGGACAAAGCUUCGAGGAAGCAACUCAUGAUGAAGCCGUCCAGAUUCUUAAAACAAAUAAAAGAAUGUCCCUUCUGAUUCGUGAUGUUGGCAAAGUGCCCCAUUCCUGUACGACAAGCACACCGAUGGUUGUUCCCGUGUCCAGGUAUUCGGAUCAUGAUUCAAUGAUACUUGAAAGUCCACCAAAUCAUCGACCUCCUAGUCCUGCGAAUAGCACCAACGAAUGGAGGCACCGAGGUGUUCAUUCUGUAUCAGCAGCCACUGCGGCAAUGGUGGAGGAGAAAGCGAGGGUUGUUCUUGCCAGAAGUGAAAGAGCAGCCCUUUCACAACUUUUGGCUGAUUAUAGAACACGAAGGAUAACAGUUGAGGAACUCGUGGCAAGCCUAGCUGAUCUUCUAAACACUCAUGAAAAGCUCACUUUGCUCAUUGAACUUAGAGAACUUGUCGACAGCAAAGAUAGAGUCUGCUUUGAUGAUUUAGUCUACAGACCACGUGUCUCGAUGUCAAGGAGGAGAGAUCGUGCCUAUUCGGAUUUAGUGGUGACUCCGUCGCUUCAUGACCUUCCGAGGGGUGCAUCCAGUGGUUGUUGCCGAUCAGGACGACUGGCGGACGUUGAGGCUGUUCCCCUAGGAGUCAAGGGACCACAUUCACCAAGGGAAACACAGGAAUAUAGGUCACCUAGCGAGGACAGCGGUCUAGGGUCCGAUAUGCCCAGGACCAGAAUGGGCUGCAGAAAGAUUCAUCAGUACCAGGUCGCCACUUCUGACCUCGCCCUCUCCAACGAUGACGAGUGUGAUAAUCAGGAUUAUGACGACGAAAUUGAUAAUGAUCGAGGACGUCGACACAGUUCACCCGGAAGUUCUCGUGGAAAUUCGCGGGAUUAUCAUCAUCGUCUUCAUGCCGACAAUUUGGAAAGCGAUGGAGGUUGCGAUGGUAGCGACGCCGAGAUGAUUGGUAAUGGGAGGAGAAGAGAUCGUGAUCGUGAUCGUGAUACUGAGGAUGAGGAAGAAGGAAGGGAGGACAGGAACUCGGAGAGUGGGGGAGGUUUUGGUGGUUGGAGGUCUCACCUUCUCGGUGGCCUAACUCAACGAGUCAAAUCCUGGUACUGGGGCGCCAGACCCCUCGAACUCGCACACAAGCUAUCGCGCAGCUUUGACAUGCAAGGCGCACAGCUACUCGACGAAAGUGGUUCCGGAAGUGGAACCACUGGAAGUGCAGGUUCAGGUGGACCACCCCGAAGACACCACAGUGCCCAGAGAUUGGCGAGAGGCGAUCUUUCCGAAAGGCGAGACGAGGACGCUGCUCUAGUUGUGCCCGAUCAUCAGGGUAAUCUGAGAAUAACAGUCAAAAAGACUAAAUCCAUUUUGGGCAUCGCCAUUGAAGGUGGUGCGAACACCAAGCAUCCACUGCCCAGGAUCAUCAACAUUCACGACAAUGGAGCAGCUUAUGAAGCUGGUGGCCUCGAGGUGGGUCAACUCAUUCUCGAAGUCGACGGACACAAGGUCGAAGGACUACAUCAUCAGGAAGUGGCGAGACUGAUAGCCGAGUCCUGGGCGCGAAGGGAUCGUAACGACAUCGAGUUCCUUGUUGUUGAGGCCAAGAAGAGUAACUUGGAGCCGAAACCAACAGCCUUGAUUUUCUUAGAAGCGUAGCAGGAAUCUCCCACCUCGGAGUCUGAUGUACCAUAGCAAAGAGCCCCCAGAGUACUUGUUUUGAGAAAAGUCGAUUUGGAUGCUGAAGAACAAGAAGGUGCCGAAUGAAAAAGUGAUUGGAUUCGAAAUGAGAAUUCCACUUCUACUUCUUUAUCUCCUAGUCAUGUGGUUAAAUAGAAACGAGUUCGCUGAAACAAAACCAAGAACAAAAAAGUAAGAAAGAAAAGAAAAGAAGUAAGAAAUUAGCAAACGAAGCAAAAAUAGAAAAGCGUGAAGAGCAACAACAAAAAAUGUGAGAAAAAAAAGAAAGAAUCGUUUAAAGAAUCUCCAAGAAAAAGACUGGUAAUAAGAGGACAAGAAAUACUCCAACUAGUGAAACAAAAAUUCAACAUGAAAAAUAAUCAAGAAGGUGGAAGAAAUUAUUAUUAGCAAGAAAAGAGGGAAGAAGAAAAUAUAUUCGAGAAUAUAAUAAACACAAAAAAUAAUUCAAAUAAAAUUAGAAACAAUUUUUAUGAUUUUAAACAGAAAGAAUGUAAAAAUGGGAAAGAGUAAAAUUUGUUUUGUAAAUUAUAAAAACCAGGAGAAAAAAUUCUUUUCUGUAAAAAUAAAACUCUAUUUUGGCAGAAUGAGAAACCAGAAACAAAAAAAUUUCUAUUUUGCCAGAAUGAAAAAUCAACAACAGGAAAAUUUCUAUUUUGUCAGAAAGAAAAACCAAAAGCUGGAAAAGAACAAAAAACUAAAAACAGAAAAUUUUCCACUUGGUCAGAAUAAAGAAUCUCAAGGAGAAAAAAUUCCUUUUCAAGAAUGAAAAACCAUAAAGAGAAAAAAAAUUCCCCUUUCGUGAGAAUAAAAAAAAGAACCACAAGGAGAUAAGGAGACACUUCAUUUGAUUCUUCAAAUAUCCAAAAAGAGAAGCAUGUGAAAAAAAGUACAAAAUAAAUCAUAAGAAAAAAGAAAGAGACACACAGCCGACGGUAAACGGAAGAGAAUAAUAAGAAGAAGGAAAAUAAAACGAAAUUAUUUCUUCUUUAAUUCUGAAGCUGUAUGACCGCCAAUUAUUGUCAUGAUAUAUUAACAACAUGCCAAAAGACUCUCAAGAAACAAGGUACUGUAAAAAAAUAUAAAUAAAUAUGAACAAUAUUGCUAAACAAAAACUGACCCUGGUGGUGGGAAAAAUUUACGCUAAAUCUGAUUUUGAAGCUUUUAAUCGUAUAUAUUAAAGAGACUUAUAAAUGAAGAAACAAAGUUACCUAUAAAAUUUAAGUUUAAAGAUCCUACAUUUUAAGUGAUAAUGGAUGAGAGGGAGAGAGAGAAAGAGAGAAGGAGAGAGAAAUAUUAUAAUAAACUGUGGUAACAAUUUGCAUUCAGUAUUAUAAAGACUCAGUGAAUAUGAUUGACGAGUAAAAGAAAAAAUGCGUCUACUGUGCCAACAUUUUUUUAUUUUUUUCUUCUUUCAUUAUACAUUUAUUAUUUUUUUUUAUUAUUAUUAUUUUUAUUCUUUA